UCCCACCCGAUUGACGCUUCUGACAUGCAGUUUCACUGCAAAGGCCAAACCGAUCUAAACCAACCGGGCUUCAUUCCUUAAAUCACGUCAUUACAGGCGCAUGGCGUGGCAAUCCAUCCCUCAACAAAAUCACAGUUGAAUACCAGUUCUGGCUCCAAAGACUGCAGCUGUAGGGCCCAUUGUUCCUGCUCACAGCCCUGAGCAGUCGACUGUAGGAUGGUGUUGUGGCACCACGGCCACCUUACAUUAAUAGACAAACUUUGAUAUCUGUGUGAACAGCGGAGCACAUCAGCCCAACCAUGAGGGACAGACUGAGCAACCUGCAGGAAAUGUCCAGCGGACCUGUGGAGCAGAUGGAGUAUGCCGAGUCCACUGUCUCCGAGGCCUUCAGUACCGUGGACCUGGAGGAGGAGUUGACACAUGAGGCCGUGGUGUUUGACAACAGCCCGGCUCUGGAUGAGGUGUUUUCCCAUUCGCAGGAAAUCCACAGAGAGGUCCAGCUCAUCCGACUGGAUAUCAAAAGGCUUCGCGAGCAUAACUCCCGCAUGGUCGGUGGUGUCACCACCAUGAGCACUAUCAAAAGGGACUCCAACGUUAUUGGUGCUGACAUAAAGUCUCGAGCUGAGGAGGUGCUGGCACGCCUGCAGGUCAUGGACGGCAAGGCAAAAAAGCUUGAAGAAGAAUAUGGCUCAAAUUCCGCCGUAACGCGAAUUGCAAGAACCCAGUAUGCUAGCCUCAGCAAUGGUUUCCGCGACACCAUGUUUGACUAUAAUGAGGCUGAGAUGAGCCAUAGAGAAAACUGUAAAGCCCAGAUCCAGAGGCAAAUGGAGAUAGUGGGACGCGAGGUGACAGGAGAGGAAGUGGAGGAGAUGAUCGAGAAAGGUCAGUUACACAUCUUUAAUGACAACAUUAUGGCUGAAGGUAAAACGGCUCGAUCAGCUCUGUCCCAGAUUGAGAAACGCCACCAAGAGUUGAUUGACCUGGAGUCACGUAUCCAAGGCAUCCAUGAGAUUUUCCUGGACAUUGCCAUGCUGGUUGAGGAGCAGGGCCCCAUGCUGAAUGCCAUCCAAACCAACGUGCAGAAGACCGAUGAAAGCAUACAGGAGGCACUCGUUAAACUCGGCAGGGCCCAACGUCACGACAAAAACAACCCCUUUAGAAAGAUGUUUUGCAGCUGUUUCCCCUGCGUCGACUAAUGACUACAGUACAGUACAAACAUGGGUAGAGUGAUUUCGAAAUUACAAUGCUGUCUAGACAAGGAAAAGUGGGGAAUUUUAAGAACAUUUUCUGUAUGUUUCAAUUGUACAAACUUCAAUAUUGAUAAAGGUUAAAACUCUUGUGUCUAGAUUUAAAGACAAGGGUAAAAUAUUUGUAAUAUUGUAUUUAAGUGAUCCCUUGACCUCUAAUGUUUGUAUGAAAUGUUUGAGACAGGUAUCUCAAAUCCAAAUUCAUUCCCCUAUGAUGCAGGUGUCAUGCAGACCUCGAGCAAAUGGUAUUUGAAAAUGUUGUUUAUGUUUUGAAUGUCUGCUGAGUUUCCACAUGUGAGGGAUUUAUCAUAAUGCAAUGACUGCAACACGUAAGUUCAUUUAUGCAAUUGUUUCUGAGAUUAUAUUGUAUACUGUCUUAUGAAGCCUUUUAGGUCCUUAAAUGUGUCACUUCAUCUCAAUUCACUGGUAAAAAUUCUUCUGUGGUGUCAUAUAUUACAUAAAUAGUUAUAUUAAAAGUUGGUGUGAGUUUG